CACACGAUAACUGCUAAAUAGAUCAGGAAGUCUAUACACAUAGAAUGAUUUUGUCAUACGGUUAAUAAGAAGAAUGCAGUUUUACCCAGAAAAAAGACUACUUGCUCAGAAAAUGAUGCUUCCACUAGUGAUUUUUUUCCUGUUACCGAUCAAACUGCUAUGUUUUGUUCCUGAAUCUGAACUUCUUCUCUUUUGGACAUUCGGAAGGAGAUGCCUUGCUGAAUCAUAAUGAUGAUCAACAUUCAGCUGUACAAAACAUUUCGAUUGUGUUUAAAUUCUUUUACGAAUAUCACAGCGAAUUGUAUGUAAAUACAAAUGGGUUUAUAUCGUUUCGAAAAGGAAUUUCAACGUUCACAUAAGAGGCAUUUCCUAAAAUUGGCGAUCUAAUUGUACUUGCACCUUUUUGGACAGAUAUAGAUACAAGAAAUUGUAGUUCGACAUGCAGUAUUUGGUACAGGGAAUCUACAAAAUAUCCUGAUAUAGUUAAAGCAACAUCUGAAGUACGGAAGUAUUUUCCAAUAAUGAAACAUUUUGGAGCAAAUUGGACGUACAUUGUUACUUGGGAAAACGUUCCUUUCUUUGGAGCAUCAGACGUCGGCAUAAAUAAGGUUUGGUUUUUUUUUUGUAGAACGUUUGUAUCACCAAAUGCAACAUUUUCUCUGGGAAAAAAGGCUCUUGUGUUAAGUGCCAGUCUUUGUAAGAAUCGGGCAAUUUUGAAAAAAUUCAAAACAUGGCAAAAAAAACCCACCAACCUAAACAUCCUAUUUUAAAGUUACUCUCAUCCUGAGUUAGAAAUGGUAGGUCUUUUGUUUCUGUGUGUCUGAUACUUCGAGAAAUCUCUAGAUAAAUUUUGAUUAGAAUGAUAGCAAAUAAUGGAGCUAGCUCCCCUUAACUGUUUAUAUCUAAUGCAUGUCAACCAAAUUAUAUCUUGAAUUACCAGAACAGGAAAAGGAAACGAAAUUUAAAUUCGUGCACCAGUAUACAUUUUGAACAUAAAUUAAUGUAAACUUGAGUGGGUUUUUGUUUGUCAUGUUUUCACCACUGCCUGAUUCUUAGGCAGAUUGGCACUUAAUACCAUUCCUGUUCGUUUUAUUUAAGGUUAACUACAUAGUGUAAAUAUUAAACCAAUCUAUAUCAUAAUACUUCUUUAUUAUAUUUUAGAGAAAUACGUUUCAGUGUAUUCUGAUAACAGACACUGAAAGUACAUUUGUGAUUUACAACUACAAUAAAAUAGAAUGAACAACAGGAACGGCAAGUAAUGGAGAUGCUAAUACUGGUAUUGGAGGCACGCCUGCCCAGGUUGGAUUUAAUAUGGGAGAUGACAUUCAUUUCUACUCCGUAAAAGGUUCAAGAAGAGCAGAUAUUAUAAACCUGCCAGAUAUGUCAAAUGUUGGUUAUCCAGGAAAGUUUGUCUUUAGAGUUGACUUGAGAGAUAUCAAGCCUGCACCACCAACAGGAGAUCCCGGUCAAUGUUAUCUUAAGGCUGCUGAUAUAGCAUUUGUUUUGGAUGUAUCUCACAGUAUUGAUGUGUCUUUCUUGAGAAAUUUCUUGACAGCUGUUAUAUCAUAUGUACCUAUUAAUGAAAUUGAAUGUCAAAUUGGAAUGACGUCAUUUUCAUCGAAAUCGAAGAUGGACUUUUACUUUGAUGACAAUGCAGAUAAAGAUGUCCUAUUGGCUCAUGUUGCUAACAUCACCAACAUGAGAGGAGCUUCUAGUCUAGAGGAUGCCUUGGUGGAUGUUAAACAAUUAUUCUCAUACUUGAAGGGUUCAAGAUCAUACGCAAAACAUUUUACGGUUAUAUUCACCGAUGGAUUAAUGGUACAAAGUAAUAAACUCGAAACUGCAGCAGAUGAGUUGAAAAGUCUUUCAAAUAUGGAAGUUGUUUCAGUUGGAAUCGGUGCUUCUGUCAAACACGGUCUACUAGAAAGAAUAUCAACAGAUUUCACCAGAGUACUGUAUCCAUCAGCAGAUAUGAUUUGGAAAUAUCUACAGUCUUCGCUAGCUCAGCCAGGAUGUCUUUCCUGUACAUCUGAAGUAGAAGGAAAAAUGCAUGUACUUCUUGAAGAUUCAAUGUAUAUUACUAGGACGGAGCUUAAAGAAGGGAAACAGUUUAUAUACACAUUCAUAGAGGCACUUUUAUCAUUUCAUUUACAGAACGUAAAAUUAUCAGUAGAUGUAUUCGGAAAUAAAAUAAUAGAAGCUAUUCCACUCUAUGAUAUAUCUGGAAUGAAAUACAAACUUGGUUCUGUGGCCGUUGUAGAAUAUAGCGGUAUAGACGUCAACCAGUCUUCACUGAUCAAACACGUACAAAAUAUUGGAACACUUUCUUCGUCAAAUAGUUUUGUGAUCUUUAUUACAAAUGGAAAAUCUUUCGAUUCGCGUUUGAUUAAAAAAUUACAGAACGUCGUUAAUACUUCUAAAACAAAUUUGAUAACUGUAGGACUUGGUUCAGAUCCGGACUGGGAUAAUUUGGAAGAUUUGGCAUCGUAUGGGUACUUUGUAUUUUCAGGUGAGGAUGCACGUCUUUUAGCACGACUUAUGGAAAAAGAACUACAAACGACGACGUGUUCCUGAAUUAUUCAUUACCAAAAUAUAUAAUAUCGUUAUUAUAUUUUUCUGAAGAAAUAAUAAAUCGACAGCAGUGUAAAUGCUAGACAUGUUUGAAAAUUUGAAUUCACAUUUUGAAGAUGAAUGUACAUCUAGGAAAGCGCUUCAGAGAAAAAAAUCAGAAAAUGUUAAGAAACUAACUCCCUCGGGCAAAGUUGACCUUAGAGGAAUUUGGCUAUUUUUUUCGGUACCCUUUUGUCAUAUGCAUUGUAAAGUUUCCACAUAUCAAAACAUCUUCCAUGGUGUAAAAUAAUUUAUUUCUGUAACUAGUUGUUUUUAGAAGUUUUUUUUUUUUUGGAAUUUUCGGUAAAAAUGUUUCUCAUUGUAUCAGAAUGUAAAAUAUUCAAUAAUAUAUACGUUAAACCAUAAUGCUUAUAGUCUAUACAAACAAUUAAAUAAACAUUAUGUGAAUUAAAGGCGUCAUGAGUGCUGAUCAUGAAUCUCUUAAAGUUUAUACUUAUUUUAACAGCAUGUUUUAACCUAUUGUUAUUUGUCGUUAAGUGUUUUAUUAUAAAAAAUAUGUUUAUGUUCAAUUAA